AUGAAUCAAGCUUUUGUGUAUAAUAGCUCCAAUAAUGUUACGCCAUACUCUGGUAAUUCAGCUUAUGAAACAAUGCCAAGCUAUGUUUACCACCACACAUCUCAACCUUCGUUACAGCGGUCUUCUCAAAUGCGUGCAGCAACAACCAAUGAAGCUGCUAGUACCGCCAAUGCUACAGGCAACAGUACUGCCACUCCUACCACCUUAAACUAUCAUCCAAGCUAUUACCAUCAAAAUGAAAUGAUAGCCAAAGGUAGCCCUUCCUCCAUUUCAUCCAUAGGAUACAGCUCUCCUAAAACUCCUCCUACAAUCACAUUUAGUCAACAUAAUGCUAUCCAUUCGGCAACACAUAUAAUGCCACAUUGUCAGAAUCAUAUGUUAGUUAAAAAUACAUUUGACCAGAAGCCUUCGUUGAUGGUUAGUCCCUUACCUUCAUUCGAACCACAACAGCAACAACAAAGCACUGAGGAAAGGGUUAAGAAGACAAUUGCUCGUGCAAAUACAGUUCCAGCAGAAUUUUAUCAAACUCAGUUUCUUCAGUACCAAGUGGACCAUAAAUCAUCCCACCUUGGUUUCAAAAGAAAGCGCACAACAAAUGAUGAAGGAGAUUGUAAGGCAAAUAGUAAAAGGGUUGGGGAAUUAAAGGCUAAUCAUACGAAUGAUAAGGAUAUAUCUACAAUUGAGUUACGCCGUCAAGUUCAUAUCCAAUCGGAGCAAAAACGUCGUGCUCAAAUCAAAGAUGGCUUCGAAGAGCUGAAAAACCAUCUACCCGGUUGCGCAAACAAGAAGCUUAGCAAAGCUGCCCUUUUAACACGAACAGUACAACAGUUAGAGCAUAUGAGAAAGAUGCAAAGUGAGCUUUUGUUUGAAGUUGAGCGAUUGAUGGAAGAAAAUUCUAACUUAAAAAGAUAUGCUACAGCUAUACAACAGCAUUAA